AUGUCCGAUAACACGCUCAUCUCGCAUGUCAGAUGUCCGGAGUUCGAACCCGGACACGGCCAUUGGAUAUGCACUGCUGGUGUAACCAGUGGCAUCCUCCAUCACCGAAAAUCUAAGCGCUAUGGCAGUGACAGGGAUGGGGGAUCAACCACAGAAGAACUUAAUAGAAAUAGGCAACUGAAUGUGCUGCACCAGGUCGCCUCAUUUUUCAGUCGCUACGAUAUUCAAGAUAUCGCGAUACGUGUAUAUAUUUGUAAUCCACUACUCAUAAGGUUGCUGAAAACCGGCCGACAUCCCAUGACCGGUUUCGCGCUUUUUGGGACUCACCAGGUAGGCGCAGUCCCCGGGUUUCCGUCAACCCUAUGUUUUACUUGA